AUUAAUAAUUAUUGUAAAAUUUCGUAGUUUGUCUUUUAAUCUAUUUUACAAGAAUAUUUCAAAGUUUUAAAUCAAAAUGAACAGCUUAAAAAAUAUGUUUAGACCAACGAAACCAAUUUCGAAAAACGUUUCAUUUAAACCGGAUGAAUUCAUGUCCACCAGUCAAAAAUUGAUGUUGGAACUUGGUAUCAUCAGACAAAGUGCCAAUGGAUUAUAUCAUUUACUACCCCUUGCUCAGCGAUCUUUAGAUAAAUUAAUUAAUAUUAUAAAUAAAAACAUGAUGGAUAUUGGUGCUCAAAAGAUUUCUAUGCCCGUAUUAAUACAUAGUAACCUGUGGAAAAGAACAGGUCGGUUAAGCAAAAACAUAGAAGAUUUAUAUAUAGUGAAUGAUCGUAAAAGAAAAGAGUUCCUACUAAGUCCGACUCAUGAAGAGGUCGUUACUGAUUUAUUUAGUUCAGAUCCUAAGACAUACAAGCAGUUACCUUUAAUGUUGUAUCAAAUUGGCACAAAAUUCAGAGAUGAAAUUAGACCUAAGUUGGGAAUUAUCAGAUCCAAAGAGUUUCUUAUGAAAGAUUUAUAUUCUUUUGAUAGAGAUCAAAUGAGUGCUACAAUCACAUACAAUAGAGUAUGUCAAGCUUACGAAAAGAUAUUUAAACACAUUGGUGUUAAAUUCAUAAAAGUUGAAGGUGCAUCAGGAAUGAUGGGUGGAAAUCAAUCUCAUGAAUUUCAUUAUCCAGCUGAAGUUGGAGAUGAUACGUUAUUGCAAUGUAAGAAAUGUGGGUUUGGAAUGAACAAAGAAAUGUCACCAGAGUUGGUUCAGUGUCCCAAAUGCUCUAGUACUGAUAUUAAGUUUACAAAAGCUAUUGAAGUUGGCCACACUUUCGAUCUCGGUACAUUUUAUUCAAAUGCCUUGUCUGCCACAUAUUCGGACACAGAUGGCACUUUAAAACCUCCAUACAUGGGAAGCUAUGGUUUAGGCGUUUCUCGAAUAAUUGGUGCAUCUAUAGAAUGUUUGAGCACACAAGAAAUAAUCCAAUGGCCACGGGCAUUAUCUCCAUUUACUGUCUGCAUAAUACCUGCUAAAGAAGGUAGUAUAGAGGAAAACACUUCACUGAAUAACAUACAAUUUCUUUACAAUCAUUUAACCAAAAUAUUUGGAGACGAUAUUGUUGUUGACGAUCGAACCCAUAUGACUAUUGGCAAGCGUUUAAUCGAUGCAAAGAAAUUAGGUUUUCCAUUUGUAAUUGUUAUGGGAAAGAAAAUAAAUGAAAACCCCUCUUUGUACGAACUGUAUGAAGCUAAUACAAAGAAAUUAGAAGAUUACGAAUUAAAUAAUUUAAUUAAUUAUUUUAAGCAACAAUGUUUAGAUAAAAUUUAAUGAGUAUUAU